ACUUUUCUUGCAUGACACAACACUUUGGAGAAUCCUGUGAAGUAACAUAGUCUCAUUUGCUAGCAUUGAACGAUGGGGGGUGUAGUUCACUUAUCAUUAAUUUUAGUCUUAUAUUCAUUUGGUGUUGCUACUGUCUCGGCGGCGAAACAUCAUAAACUCAUUGUUGUUUUAAUCGAUGGAUUUAGGUGGAAUUAUUUAGAUGACCCACAGUUCAAAAAUUUGAAAGGUUUUGCUGGCAUCAUAAAAAAUGGAGUCAAGGCAGAGUACUUAGAGCCAGUGUUUCCAACUUUGACCUACCCAAACAUGAAUAGUUUUGCCACAGGUUUAUACCCGGAAAGCCAUGGCUUUGUUGACAAUAUGCUGUGGGACAAGAAAUCCAACACUUUCUUCGAAAUGAUACCUGCUAUGAAUAGUUCAGAUCCUAGAUGGUGGCAACAAGCCGAGCCGAUCUGGAUAACGGCACAGAAGAAUAACCUGAAGACCGCCCUCUACUGGUGGCAGGGAUGCGAGGUGAAAAUCCAUGGUUACCACCCCCAAAUCUGUGAAAGGCACAUAUAUGACCCACCAUCGGAUGAAAGAAAGAGGGAUAUGAUUCAAAGAGUGGAUGACAUUGUUGAAAUGUUCAAGCCAUCAACAAUUCUGUCUUACGACAGGUUGGAUUUGGCCAUGUUGUAUUACUCGGGUGUCGAUUGGGCAGGCCAUUACGCUAGUCAAGAUUCUCCGGUGUUCAGAAAAGCUGUGCAGAUUAUUGAUGACGUUUUAGAUUACCUGCAGAAAGCUCUUGCCAGGGCAAAGUUAACGAAUCAGGUAAACAUAAUGGUUUUAUCCGACCACGGCAUGGCAGACGUGAGGAAUACGACAUUCAUCACUUUGGACAAAUAUUCCCAAUACAUAAGAUACCAGGUGAACGCUGGACCCAUCAUAUCCUUGGUGCCUCAGCCUGGAAAAGAAGAAAAGCUGUAUUACGAACUGGUGCAUGAAAACAUCACAGGACUCCACGUUUACAGAAGACAAGAUAUUCCAGAAUCGUUUCACACCAAAAACGCGAAACGACUCGGACCCAUUGUGCUGGAAUGUGAUGAAGCCUAUUUCGUGAAAGCGUUAAAUGAUACGUCUAAACUAAUUGGAGAUAUACAAUUCUCCGAUUAUUACGGUGAACACGGGUAUUCACCCAAUGCCACUGAAGAUAUGAGGGCUAUUUUCAUGGCAACAGGACCUGAUUUCCGUAGCGGUUUGAAGACGAAGCCAAUUCAAGUCAUUGAUCUGUAUAAUGUUAUGUGUCACAUCCUGGGGUUGCAGGCCUUGCCGAACAACGGAACCUGGAAGCACGUCCAACCAAUGUUGAGGACCCUGUCAGAUGGACCUUAUUACUCCCACGCUUCUACUUUCACAGCUUGUAUUGCCCUCAUCGUUUCCUUCGCAAUCAUCUUCACUGUUAAAAAUGCACUUUUUAUGUAAUGUUUUCUUCACUUAUUUGUAAAAGCAUAGAGUAGUUUGAAAAAGAAUAAAAUGCACACUUUUUUAGAA